AUAAGAUUUGUAAUACCACUUCGCCUCGGCACUCAGAGUCAGAUCUACAUCUACAUCAUCUCAGAGACUCAGCGCUCAGGUCCUCAGUCACUGGGCCUCUGAAUCAUACUCACAUCAAUUAUUCACUUGAGGAGAACGACCUAUCCCCACACCUCUGUCAUUUACACAGAUGGACCGAACUGACUUCUCAGAACAAAGCUCACUACAGUCCGAUGGCAACAAGACUAGUGGGGCAUUACGCAGCUUCUUCAGCUUUCCAUUCUCUUCGGACGAAGUUUAUCAGCAAGGUCUAGCGGACUUACAUGCGCACGAUGCACUGAGUGGGAGGACAGAGGGCGAGAAAGCUGAAGUCAUCCUUCGGACGCAACUUUUUUACUUCAACAGAGUCACCGGCCAGGACGUGACCGCAGAGGAUGUUCGGUUUCAUCGGGAUACUGCGAACUCCCAAAAUUUCACUGAGAACAUGGACAUAUCCCGUCCAUCCUCGAAAUAUCAAGACGGAGAAACUCAUCUCCUGACGUUCGCCGAGCUGACGUCAUUGAUAGAGCAAGGAAAGACAGACAGCAUACCCAAUAACAAAGUCAUCCCUGACACGCUCAACGAUGCACCUCCCAGUACUUCCAUCGCUCCGAUGCGGAAGAAGCCCUGGGAAGUCGACGAUCAAUUUUGACGUGUGAGAUUUUCAAUUGUGCCAAUAACGAAAGCAUGCGGUGGCAAUGAUUUUAUUGAGCGCCGAAGCAUAUGUAGCUUCAGCUUCCAUUGCCGACAUGAUUAUG